UACGCUUUAUAUCCGUAAGAAAUUUUUACUUCCGAUUGCUUACUGUACACGCUUAUUUACAUGUAUUUAUACAUUUUUAUAAAGACAUCGUUAUGAUGGAUAUAUUAUAUAUAUAUAAUUACAAAGCGCAAGACGCCUAAGCACAGAUUUUUACGAGCGAAUUAUAAUUCACCCCCGAAGGAUUUUCGAUUCGUGUGCGUAAAAUUCGCGGACUCGUCGGGGGUGGCGCGCGUCGCGCGUGUACGCUAACACGUAUUUUUCCAGUUAUACAGCGCAUCACGAUAAUAUAAUACUUUGUUAUACGCGUAACAGACCGCAUACGGAUUUUUUUUUUUUUUAAGUCUAUGUACCCGAACUAGAUCGUUUACGACGAGUCACGGCGCGGUGUGUCAAUGAACCACUGCCCCGACAAUAUAUAAACGUCCCUACACCGCAGUGUUUAAUUGGCCGGCGUGUAGGGUGGAACAAUAUAAACGAUAUAUUAUAAUAUACACGCGGUGCGCUAUUAUAUAUUAUUAUCGUAUGUACACGGGCGCACAUGUUCGCCACCGACCUGGUUCGCUGCUCUCGUAAAAAAAAAAAAAUAAAUAAAUAAAAAUUGCCCUCUUCGGUGUCGAUAAAAAACCGUAUCGGUUGACAAUUGGCACUCGAGUCUAUACCGAUAAAAUAUGUGUAUCAAGCAUGAGGGCUGAAAGUGAAUCGACGGGGUGGCGGCGGGUGGAAUCGCGCGCGACAAUGAGAUAAUGAUUAUGUCGGACGCGCGCAUUUAUAUACGUAUAUAUAUAAAUUAUACAAUGUAUAUUAUUAUAUUAUUAUUGGCGAGCAUCUGUUGUACGUAAAAAAAAGGUUUUGACCCUCGUGUUCACGCGCGGCGGAUUAAUGCGAGUCGCGCAAAAACCGCGUACGUAACGAUGCCACGCGCUUAUGGUCGAGUCGGUAUAUAACAUAUUAUAGUCACGUCACCGAAAAUCCUAACAUUAUAAUAUUAUUAUGGUCAUUCACUAGGCUGCUAAGUUAGCCUGCUCGAUUAACUCGUUAAAACAAUUUUAAACUUAAUUUUUAAUCGUGUAUUUAGGGUUUGUUGUUUUAUUUUUCCGUGAUUUUUAUUAAGUAUACCUAAUGAUAUAGUUAGGUAUUAAAUUUGUUUUAAUACAAAAUUAAGUGUUUAGAUAUUCCUAUAGUUUGGCUGUUUGAGUGAUUAUAAUAUAAUUUAUUAAUCUAAAUAUAUAACAAAAUGAAAUCAUUAAACAUUAAAAGUACUUAAAUAUAAAAAAGAGUAAUUCGUCAUGUGUAAUUUGAUUUAUAUUUUCGUAUAAUAAAGUAAUAAUUUGACAUUUAACUAGGUAAUGCUAUAUUUUACACCUAUUAAUAUAUUAUAAUAGCAGUACAGUAUCCAUAUUAGUACCUAUGUACCUACCUACCCCUAAGCACAAUGAAAAUAGGUACCUACACAAUAUAAUAUAAUAUCAUGUAGGCAUUCGUGGCAAUAUGUAUUUCUAUCAAGUUAAUAUCACACACGUCUCUAUACAUAAACAAUUCAAUAUGUUGUAAACUGUAUCAUUUAUAUAAUAUUUUAGUAUUCAGUGUAAUACAGCACAAUGUAUGCAUACGCUGAUUUCGAUGCAAAAGUCAGAGUAGAUAGGUGCUAUGCGUAGACCAUCAGAAUACUGGGUAGGGCGAAAACAAAUUGCCAGCUCAACCGUCGAAAGAAAUUAUAAUUUUAUAUAGAUGCCAAAAAUAUAUAUUUUCAAGAACUCUAACUGUGUUUUUGGCAGUCACGUCGGAACGUAUUGCGUUUUUGUUGUGCUGCUGUUAUUAUAAACGUUAAAGAAAAAACAAAAUUAGAAAGCUGAUUAAAUUUAGCACCAGAAGUUUUUAUCAAUGACGAUUCUUAAAAGUUUUUGCAAACAUAAAAUUAUAGACACUUGACUUACUUAUAGAAUUUUAAUAUUUCGUCUAUGAUAGUGCCGUAGUCAGGAUUUUUUUUCAUUUUUUUUUGGUAAUGCUUGAAUAUACUUACUUAUUACCUGUUGUUUUAUGGUCCUCUUUCUUGUUUAUUUAAUAAACACAAAACUUUUACUUUUUCUUUCACAGUAAUAUUCGAUUAACAGUAAUGGUUUACACUUCGCAAAAUAUAUAAAAUAUAUUAUUGUAAAAUGUUAAAAUUAUAACUUAUGCAUUGUAUUAAUUUUCACCUAGAUUGCAAGCUCAUUAUAUAGGACAAAUGGGAAUUGGGAUAAAUAAAAAUAAAAAAGAUUGUAAUGAAGCAAAUAAAAACCAAUUGAAAUGAUUGUUAUCAAAUUAUAUGGGCUAGUGGGUUACCGAGGUUUUAAGUAACACAUAUCCAUGGUCCAGUUGGUUCAGAAUCAAAAUAUUCUGAUAUAAGACGAACGAUUUUGUGAUAUCACCCAUGCAUGAUGAUUAUAUUAAUUUAACUUGAAAAUCUUAAUCCACGGCACGAAUUAAGAUAUUAUGCGAUAUCCCAAGUGUGUUUUAGACCACAUUCGUCUUAUCCAUAAACAUUCUAGAAUCGUAGAUAAUAAUAUAUAUAAAAUAGCCAAUAAGCAAUAAAAUAUAGUAUAUUUACAUUUUACUAUCAUAAUUUAUGGUCAAUCAACUCAAUUGCAUAUUAUGAAAAUAGGAUUGCUAGGUAGGUAUACAUAUAAAUUAAGUGAAUACUGAUUAUUGAUAAAUAUGGUUAUAAAAUAAACCUUUUUAUAAAUUUAAAUUUAAAUUACUAAUUAUUCAUCAUAAAUUCGCUUUGUAAUACAUUAAUAAAUAAUAUUAGAUUCUUGUGUACCUAUUAUAGUGUAUACUAUAGUACAGCACUUAAUGAUAUUAAAAAUAAAGUUUUUAGGUUUUGUGUUAGGCCCAUAUUACUCCCUAGCUACCGUAUUGGACAAUGAUAUUUGUACAUAUUGCAUAUAAAAAAUAACUUGGUAAAUUAUUUCCAAUUAUAGUGACAUAUAUCUUGUAGCAAUAUCGUCCAAUCAGUAUGGAAAUAAUUACACUCACGUUUGAUAAACAUUGUUUGGAUUUGUGUACGCUACCAGUGGCGCAUUUAAGGGGGGGCAACUGGGGCAAGUGCCCCGGGCGCCAAAUUCUAGGGGGCGGGAAAAUUUUUAUAGUUUACCACUACAUAUAAUUGAAAUCUUUCUAUUUAAUUUGAUAUAAUAUUAUUAUACAAAAUACAAAUAAAGAUUAUAAAUUAAAAAUAGACAUUUUACUUAUAACUCAUAAGGUCUAUGAUUAUAAACGGUUUUCAUACAGGUCUAUGAGCGGCACGGGAUUGUGACAAUCAUAGAUAUAAAUAUCAAUGAUUUAUUUAUAUAUUAUAAUAUAUAUCAUCUGUGGCGGAAAUAACAUGUUAUUAGCUAAUACGAGUUAAAAAUAACAUAAUAUCCACAUCAAAAUAUUAUUUUCCUUAUCGCCGACCGCCGAACGUUAUUUUUGUCAAUAUUAGCUAUAGUGACUCGCGUGUUUAAUUGUCUUCUGACAGCGUCUUGUGUAAUUGUUCUAGGGUAAUAAGUUAACCAUACGGUCAUUAGACGCUUAAUGUUAAUAUUUGAUUUAAUCUUUAUUGUUUAUUGUUUAUAAUUCGUUCUACUUUCAAAAUUAAUAUUCAGUAUUCCAGUAUACCUUCUAUAAAUUACUGGAAUUUGGUAAGUACAAUGUUAUAAAUUUAUAGUUUAUAUAUGGUUCUAUGCACUGUACUCGAUUGAGUAUUAUAAAUUAUAUUUAUAUUACUAUAUUCUGUAAUAGAUUAUACGCGGAUUUUCAAUAUGGAAGCUAAAAAAAAGCUUAGUGGUUCAGGAUAUAGAAAGCAAGCAAAAAUUAAAAAAUUAAAACACGAUGCAUUAAUUAAGAAUUGUAGAAAAUUAGAUAGUAUGUUCAAGCCAUCGAAUAAUUCAAAUACAGAUGAUAAACUGGAGAUGUUAAACCAAGGUACACAAAUACAAAUGAACCCAGAUUAUUCAAAUGUAAACAGUUCUGAACAGUACAAACCUACAAAAAGUAGUGGUUAUAUUGAGACAGAAAAUACAGAUGAUGAACUAGAUAUGUUAAACCAAGAUACACAAAUACAAAUGAACCCAGAUUAUUCAAAUAUAAACAGUUCUGAACAGCACAAUCCUAUGACAAGUAGUGGAAAUAUUGUGACAGAAAAUACAGAUGAUAAACUAGAGAUGUUAAAUCAAGAUACACAAAUACAAAUAUACCCAGAUUAUUCAAAUGUAAACAGUUCUGAACAACACAAACUUACAAAAAGUAGUGGUUAUAUUAAGACAGAAAAUAGUAUUUCUGAGAUAAAUACUGAUAUAUUGUCAUCUAAGAAUAAUGAAACUGCUGAUGUUUUGUUUGAGCCUACUGAUAUUCCUCGAUGUGAUCCUGCUUUAUGGAAAAUAAACGAGUUCACUAUAGAAUAUAUUUGUAUUAAUGGAUUUUCUCAAGAUUUAAAUGAUUUAAAUUUUACCAAGUCUAAACGAGCAUAUACAAAACUUCACAAAAAAACUACCAAAACCUACUAUAGAUUUUGCAAUAAAAACUAUUGGAAUACAAGACUAACUAAUGGUGAUUCAAUUAAACGUAAUUUCAUUGCAUACUCAGAAAGUAAGGGUGUAAUUUACUGUAUCCCAUGCUUGUUGUUUGGCAACAUAAAUUCAUCUUCAUUUGCUUCAAAAGGAUUUUCAAACUGGAAAAGAGCUGAAGAGCUCAUAUCACAACAUGAAAAUUCUUUAAAACAUCGUUCAAAUAUUCUAGCAAUGAAAAAUCGAGGACAAACACAUCAAAGAAUUGAUCAACAAAUAAUACAACAAAUUGAAAAUGAACGUAUGUAUUGGAUCAAUGUUUUAAAAAGAGUUGUGGCAAUUGUUAAAACAUUGGCAUCAAGAGGUUUAGCAUUCAGAGGACAUACUUCAAAAAUUGGAUGUCCACGUAAUGGAAAUUUUAUGAUGGCACUUGAGUUAUUAGCUGAAUUUGACCCUUUUAUAUCAAACCAUAUUUCCAAAAAUGGUAAUCCCGGUAAAGGUCAUACUUCAUAUUUAUCAUAUUAUAUUUAUGAGCAAUUUAUUUUAUUAAUGUCUAAAAAAGUAGAAAAUACUAUUAUUCAAGAUGUCAAUACUUCACGAUAUUUUUCAAUUAGUGUUGAUUCAACGCCAGAUAUUACCCACACUGAUCAACUUUCUUUAGUUGUACGAUUUGUUGAUGAGAGUGGUAAUGUAUUUGAGCGUUUUUUAUGUUUUAUGAAUAAUGUUGGACAUAAAUCAGAAGAUAUAGCUGAAGCAGUGAUAACAAUUCUGAAUAAGUACAAUUUGAAUCUUAACUAUUUAAGAGGGCAGUCAUAUGACAAUGCGAGUAACAUGUCUGGUAGUUACUCUGGAUUACAAGCUAGAAUAAAACUGAUAAAUCCAUUGGCCAAGUUUGUUCCCUGCUCGGCUCAUUCAUUAAAUUUAGUUGGACAAAAUGCUGCCAGCUGUUGUAAUGAAGCUAUUCAUUUUUUUAACUUUCUUCAAAACUUGUACACAUUCUUUUCAGCAUCAACUUACCGAUGGCAGAUUUUAAAUUCUUCAAUCAAGAGAUUAUCAGAUACAAGGUGGUCUGCAAGAGAUGAUGCAUGUUAUUCAUUAAAUAAAAAUUGGUCAUCUAUUGAAAAUGCUUUAAUUAAGAUUGGAGAAAAUGAAAAAGAAAAACCAGCUAUUCGAUGUGAAGCAAAUGGUAUACUCAAAAUACUUAAAUCAUUAGAAACAUCUUUCUUGUCAAUUUUUUGGGGAGACAUAUUACAUAGGUUUAAUACAGUUAGCAAAAAACUUCAAAGUGUAAAUAUUGAUUUAAGUGUUGUUGUUGAGCUUUAUCAAUCAUUAAUUAAUUAUGUUGGUGAUAUUCGUACAGAUAAAGAUUAUGAAAAUUUUAAAAGAAAUGCUAUUGAAAAAUGUGGAAUUAUGAACUUUAGAAAUACUGGAAAGCGACAAAAAAAAAUUAAAAAAUUUAGUGAUGACAGUUCAAUGGAAAGUAUUGUAACUAAUUUUAAAAUCAAUACCUAUUUUGUUAUUUUAGACCAAUUGAAGUCAGAAUUGUUGAGAAGAAAAAUUGCAUAUGACAACCUUUUAAAAAAUUAUUAUUUUUUUUUUAAAAUUACUAAAAUGACAGCUGCAGACAUAAGGGUAUCUGCUGAGCUGUUAAGAAAUGAAUAUAAUACAGAUUUGGGAACUUCAUUUCCUAAUGAAUGUAUUCAUUUUAGCAGCUAUUUGAAAACUAUUUCUAAUCCUCCUCAAAGUAUUCAAGAUAUGUUAGUGUUUAUAAGAAAAAAUAAUUUGAAGGAUAUUUUCCCUUAUAUAGAUAUUGCUUUAAGAAUGUUACUAUGCACUCCAGUUAGUAACUGCUCAACUGAGAGGUCAUUUUCAGCCUUAAAACGAAUAAAAUCAUAUUUAAGGUCAAACAUAGGCGAAGAAAGGCUCACUGCAUUAGCAAUCAUGAAUAUAGAAUCUGAUGUUACUACAGCAAUAAGUUACGACGAUAUUAUUCAAGAAUUUGCUCAAGACCAUGCACGACGAAAAGUAUAAGUACAUUUUUAAAUAUUGUUUGUUCUAGUAUAUUAAUAAUUAUUUUAAAUAUAUUUAUAUUUAUUAUCUACAAAAAUAUUAAAUGUGUAUUUCUUGAGGAGGGGGGGCGCUAGUAAAAUGUUGCCCCAGGGCGCUAAAUGUUUAAAUGCGCCACUGUACGCUACACAUCUGUUUCUAAUAUAUUAAUUUUUUAAGAACACGUCGCCUGAAGAACAUUGUCUCAUAGUCCCUUACGGUUUCACACGUGUGAGUAUGUGACAUAACAAAAACACAUUCAAGAAGAUCGAUUAUUUAAAUAUAUACUUAACUUGAAAUUGUUUUUUCGAGGCAAUUUAAAGGAGAAGUAUUAUUAUUGUUUCCAAUGUUUCCUAUUCCUAUAUCUUAUAUUAUUCAUACAAUCCUUCUUUAAUUCAAGUAUUAUUGUUUUAAAUUAUUUAAACUAUUUUAGAUUUUGAGUGUAGUGAUGAAAAUUUUAGUUUAACAAUGGUCAAUGAUGUUAUUUAUUCAUUUUUGUGAUUGUAUUUAUCAUUCAGAACAAAUUCUUUAAUCUUUAACUUUGAGAAUAGUUUCCGGUAGUAAAUUGAAUUUAGUUGGUGCUUUUCAGGUGGGUAAAAGGUAAAAAUGUCUGGUAAUACUUUUCAGAAAUAAGUAAUCGGAAAAAAUAAAAAUAUCAACAAAAUUCAAGUUUUUGACAAAUUUUUUUUGUUAUUUCAAAAAUGAAUAAAUAUCCAAAUAUUAUAUAUAAAGUAAACUAGCAUUAGUAAAAAAAAAUUUGAAAAUUUAGAGUAAAAUUCCUCGUAAUUUAUUCAUACUGCAAUAAAAAUUCAAUCACAAUUAAUAGAUUUCUUACUGGAAAUUAAAAAUGGAUGAUGACAGAGUAGAGACGAACUGUCUGCUCAGAAUCGUUUUUUUAUAAAUUAAUUUUUCAUUAAAUUCAAAUUUAACAUAUCCAUUACAACAGUGAUCUAAUCAUAGGUAAAGUAUACUGUAGACUCGACUCAAUAACAGCAAGACUUUUCCGGUUUUUAUCAAUAAUAACUGGGUAGGUUAAAUGUAUAAAUGUAUAAAUGUAGAACUAGGUUAACAACAUUCAAUAAGUAUAAUAUGUAAUAAAAAUCAUUGUGUACCACUAAACGGUUUAAAAAUUAUAGCCGAGAACUACUGUCUACUACGGUAUCGUGGUGAUAAGAUAAGUUAGCAAACAACAAACUAGUCACAAUAAUGUGAAAUAUACAAAUAAAACAUCAUAAGUAGGUAGUUAAAUGCAAUAUUGUAAAAAGAAUAGAAUAAAUAACAGAAUGAAUAUAAUUUAGAGUCUCUAUGUCUGUAAACAAACCGACAAUGUUUAUAUUAGUAAAAGUAGGUAGGUAUUAAAAUAUUAAUAACAUAUUAUCGUAGUCGAAGCCAUGACAAUCCUAACUGCUUAGGUAGGUACUUGUAAUCUAAUCUACCUAUUUGAACGGUUAAAAAAUAACGUACAUACAUGCGUAUUUUUAGCACUGUAUAUAGUUUUUAGGUAGUUAGUAAACAAUUGUUGCUUAAUUAUUGUUCGAAAUGUAUUUCGACUGAUUUAUAUUUUAAUAAAUUGUAGCUGUAGCCAGUACAGCCUGUAGGUAUAUAACCUUGAAAAUCAAAACAUCAAUAUUUAUAAGAUUAAAAAUAUUAAUUAUAAUCAAAAUAAAAAUAAUAUAAUAAUAUAAUAUAGAAAUAUAUUAUUAAUCUACCGGUUAUCUGUUAUAGUAUUACUAAUAUUGAAUAAUACAAUUUGAAACAUAAAUAACAAUUAAAUCUAUUUUUUAAAUGAUUUACCUACCUACUUGUACGUCGUAGAGCAAAAAAUACCUUUAACUCAGUCAAUUUAUUGUAUUUUUAAUAUUUAUGCAACUUAAAAUUAGCAAAAUUAUCUCUGUUUUCUAGAAUUAGUUAAAAAUAUUAUUUUUUUAGAACAAAAUACACAUUACUAAAAGCACGUUUUGGCCAUUUUUUCUUAUCAAUGUUCAACUUAAUGUAUUUAUAUUCAAUAUUAUAUAUAUAUAAUAUAUAUCUACUUAUUAAUCAUCAGGGCCGGAUGUAGCAUAUUUUUAACCCGGGGAAAAGUAUAAAAUUAGUACCCUCUUAUAAUUCAGCUCCCUCUAUUAUACCACUGUUAUUUGGUAAUUUGGCGUCUCCUGUUCAAGACUUCCGGGGCAAGUGACCCGGUUCACUCUCCCCUAGAUCCGUCCCUACCAACCAUACAAAGAAUAGUUAGGGCAGUGUUUUCCAACCUUUUUGUAAUGGCAAUCUACAAAUUUAUUGUUUGUUGGGUACACAAACCUCACUAGCAAAAAAAUUGCCUAGGUUUUUUACAUAAUAUAUAGUUAGUUGUCUAAUUUGCACUUUUGAGAAUUUAUUUAGUUAAUAUCAU